AUGCACAGUGCUAGUUGGGACAACGACUACGACCUAGAUGGGAAACCAGUUGCCGUUGUCGGAGGAGGCUCCUCGGCCGCCCAGAUCAUUCCAGCAAUCCAGCCAAAAAACAAAAAGCUUGUACCAUACCUGCGAUCGCCUAUCUGGAUUACCACUGGAUUUGGGGCUAAAUACACUGCUCCUGGAGGCGUAAAUUUUCAAUACUCCAAGGACCAGAAAAACAAGUUCAGAAAGAACAAUGGUAACCACAAUCAAUAUUGUCGCGACUUUGAAGGGGAGUUGAACAAACGGUUCCUCCGGGUCUGUGAACCCGCAAUUUCAGCCUAUGCGCUGACAGAACAAGCAGAUUCACUUUCAUGGCAACGACUAGAAAAGCACCCGCGAUCUGAUCGGCGCCUGUCGAUGCACUUAGUAGCUCAGUACGCACUGGGGUGUCAGCGCAUGACACCCGGUUCCGACUAUCUGCCCUCCCUACGUCGCUCAAACAUCCAGGUUAUCCUGGGUUCUGUCAUCGGCGUAACUGAAGAUGGUGUUCUCGAUGCUGGUGGUUGGGAAACGAAGGUAGAUGUCAUUAUUUUUCCUACUGGUUUUGAUGUGAUAUGA